CAGGUAUUGCAAAGAUCGUGGGAAGUGGUGGACGGCGUAAAUGUCUCACUCAGACUGUGGGACACAUUUGGAGAUCACGACAAAGAUAGACGGUUUGCUUACGGCAGAUCGGAUGUGGUGUUGUUGUGUUUCUCAGUUGCAAAUCCAAUAUCAUUACGUAAUUGUAAAGUGAUUUGGUAUCCGGAAAUCCGGCGUUUCUGUCCGAAUACGCCUAUAGUUCUGGUCGGAUGUAAAAACGAUUUACGAUAUAUGUAUAGAGACGAAAAAUUUCUCACAUUAUGUCGUGAAAGGAGUCCAUUCUUCAGACCUCUUAAAGAGACUGAUAUUCUGACUCCAGAACAGGGAAGACUUGUUGCGAAAGACAUAGACUGUCCCUAUUAUGAGACGAGUGUUUUCACACAUUUCGGCGUCAAUGAAGUGUUUGAAAAUGUCAUUAGAAUGGCUUUGAUUGCCAGAAGACAGCAGAGGUUUUGGAUGACAAACUUGAAGCACGUCCAGCGGUCGCUACUUCAAGAGCCAUUCUGUCCGCCCCAACCACUCGCGCCUAAAGCUACACUUCCGGUGUCACAAUUUGAGCAACACUUGUCAUCACUACUUCAAUACCAGGCCUAUACCGAUCUGAUUCUGUCGAUCGGAAAGUCUGGUAUCUGUGCCCAUAAGGUUGUAUUAUCUGCGGCUUCGAAAGAAUUCUAUAAACUGUUAACAAUGGAUAUCACCGCUGGAACCGAAUAUAACAAUGGUAUUGGUUAUUGGGGCCGAAGUGCCAGUGACUCGAGUAUUACGAGCUCUACUGACGCUUCAGUCGGUAACUUCAACACCGAUACGGAACAGUUGCUGAGCACUUCACCCGCGGGUGUGGUGGACAGCGGUCACACGAAUAAGCUAUAUAUGUUCCGAUGCACUCAGGGCUCAUCGUCGCCCUCUGGAAGCGACUCUCCGGCCACUCAUUCGAAUGCCAUGAAAAAGAGGUCCAAUUUUCACAAUCAAACAGAUCUGAAUUCAUUCAGAACUGGUGUCCAUAAGAGUCUAAAUCAUCCGCUGUUCCAAUCGAUUAGUGUAGAGCUCGGAGAGAGUGUUAUCGACUACAGCGGAAGACUCGCGCCAAACGUCCAAACAGUUGUCUCAAUGACUAAUGCCAUCACUUUGGGUGCUCUUCAAAGUUAUGUUCGUUUCAUAUAUUCAGCAAAACUUAAUCUCGAGAACGAGACCCCAGUCUCAGAACUCUAUGACAUCGCAGAGCUCUUAGGGCUUCAAGAGUUGCAAAUAGUUCUCAGAAACUUAGACGAACUCAAAGAGUCAGACGUUUACUUCAAUCAAUCAUUUCUCAAUGAUUUCAAUCACAAAUUUAAGAGAAAUCUUAAGAUUAUAUGUUUGGACGACGGAUUGUUUGCAGAUGUUGUGUUUAAGUUAGACGACGGAACGUGUUGUGGACACAAAGCUAUACUUAUGUGUAGAUGUGAUGUAAUGGACGCGAUGUUUAGGGGAGACUUUAGAGAAAGUUCAGCCAAAGUGAUCCCAUUCCCGGGCGUUAAUAAGGAGACAUUUCGGCAAAUGUUGUACUAUAUAUACACCGAUGGUUUGGACGCGACUAUAACUCAUUCCAAUUGCUUACCAGUGCUUGAAUUGGCCAAUAGGUUAUGUUUGUCACGUUUGGUAGCAUUAAUUGAGAGUCACGUCAUAAGCGAAUUGACGCGAAUGUGUGACAACGGGAAUGAUAUCACAGAAUCGGUGCUCAGACUGUUAGAGCCCUCGCAGAUACACAACGCGGACCAGUUGUCUGAGUACUGUCUCCACCAAAUAGCCAUCCAUUACAACGAGAUUUGUCACAAAAAUACAAAACUGUUGCGUAAUCUUCACCCCGAAAACCAGGCGUAUCUGAAUCGGAACCGAUGGCCACCGGUUUGGUAUCUCAAGGAAUUUGAUUUCUUUGAGCGCUGUGUGCGUGAGAGGCAGUGGCAGGAAAAGCCUAAGGGCUUGAAAAGACAUCGACUCAAUAGCGGCUGUCUUUGCUUUUCGGGCAAAAACCGUCGAAACGAUUCCCGAAAUAACACAAAACAAGACAUGACUUGAUUUUAUUUAUUAUUUAUAUAAUACUAUAACCCUUCGGACCAAUGGCUGAAAUAAGGCUUAAUUAAUAUUUUUUAGUGUAUUUAUGAUUUUAUAUGAAUGUCGUCUUUCAUUCAAUUCAGAUCCGCUUUCGAUGUCCGACAAUAUAUAUAAUGUCAUCUCAUUUAGUCAUUACUAAUCAUUGGUUUUCAUCAAUGUAUUCAUAUUGUGAUAUAAACUCUAGAGUUUGUACUGAAUGUUAAGUUAAUGUUUGCUAAUUUGUUAAACCUUUUGCUCAAAUGGUUUCACUCUUUUCAAUCCCUUCUCGUUAUUCAUUUUCAUUGAUUUUAUUUAUUAAAUUUCGCUUAUUUUAUGAUGAAUUGAAUGAACAUAUGCUAGAAAUAAGUUUAGGUUUGUAAUCAUAAUUGUAAAACCCAUAUAACUAUCAAAUAAAACAAUAUUUUUAAGCCAUUUUAUAUAUAACAGCAAAACCCGAAGUAUUUCUAUUGUGACCAA